AUGCCGUUUGCUUGGCGGACUUUGGCACCGUGGGCGCCACGGGCUUUGGCGCCGCUGAUGGCGUCGGCUUGGGGCACUGGUGCCUUGGCCGCCGUUGGUGGCGUUGGCUUGGCGGGCUUUGGCGCCGCUGAUGACGUUUGCUUGGCGGACUUUGGCACCGUGGGCGCCACGGGCUUUGGCGCCGCUGAUGGCGUCGGCUUGGCGGACUUUGGCACCGUGGGCGCCACGGGCUUUGGCGCCGCUGAUGGCGUCGGCUUGGGGUUGGGGUCACUCGAACUGCUGGCACCGCCCGAGGUCUGCGCGGCGGGGUGCUCUGGUGCCUUGGCCGUCGUUGGUGGCGUUGGCUUGGCGGGCUUUGGCGCCGCUGAUGGCGUUUGCUUGGCGGACUUUGGCACCGUGGGCGCCACGGGCUUUGGCGCCGCUGAUGGCGUCGGCUUGGGGUUGGGGUCACUCGAACUGCUGGCCUGCGCGGCGGGGGUCGUAUUGAAACUCUCGCUCCAUAGCCUUCUCAACAUCGUCUACAAAUCCAGAAUAUGGCAGGAAAGCCACAUCCGUAUGCUUGGGAGAAGCACCGUCAUAUACCUUGACGUCUAUCGUAUCCGCUUGGCGUCGGGGCGAGAUUUCUCCCUUUUCAGGCUUUAUCAGAAAAUUAUUGCGCCACACUUGAGCAAGCGCGUGACUCACGCCAUCCUCCUCUAG